CAAUUGUUCUGACAAGUGACAACUAUAAAAGCCGAUAUUUAAUUCCGCGCGUUUGAAAAUUUUUUCGGUUUUUGUCAUUAUAUUGAAUAGUUUCAGUUUGAGAAUAUAAUAUUUUACUUUAUCAGAUGUGAUCCACAAUUGUAAAAAAGUUUCUCAUAAGUGUAUUGUUUUAAAAAUCUAUUUUGACUGAUAACCUAAGCAGGAUGGCCGAUGAGGAUUUUAGUAAACUUUUGCAACAAGCGGAGCAGUUAACUACCGAAAUCGAGGGUAAUGAAGACUUGCCAAGGGUGGAAAGAUCUCUAGGACAAGUACUUGAAGCUUCUCAUGAGCUAUAUUCAAGAGUAAUACAAUCGGGGACUAACGAUAUCCAGGCGCACCUCUUGUUUGGGUCGAAAGGUAUAGAUUUGCAACAAAUAUCACAGAAGUUGGAAACUUUAUCAUCAAAACGUACAUUUGAACCUCUGCAGCCAAUAGCUGACUCUGAUAUAGAAAGUUUUUUGAAAAAUGAAAGAGAAAAUGCCAUAUUAUCACUUAUUGAUGAAGUCAAUAAGAAUUCACUGCAAACCACAGAAGACCAGAAAUGGGAACACAUGCUGUCAGAAUGGAAUAAAGAGAAAAUUAAACUUAUGAAUGCUAUGAUUGGACCCUCACAGAAUUGGUUAGAUUUAAAAAGAGCACCAGAACAACCAAGUAUUGCAGAUACACCUAAGAAGUUUGGCCACUCUAUGUUAGAUGAUACAGAAGCAGCCUAUGCCAGACAGGUCCAGCAAUAUAACAAAUUAGUCUUCCAAGGUGCUAAAUCACGGACUGGUCUGCAUCAGAAAUUUGCACAAGUGGCUGACGAGUUUAAUGAUCCUAAGGUAAAAGAAAUGUGGGAAAUUAUUAAAACUAUGUCAAAUAUACCAGCCUUAGUUAGAGAUGAGGAUCCAUUAAAGGCAAGAGGAAAUCCAACUAUACAACAGUGCCUUAUUGCUCAAGGGAAGAAAUAUUUGGAAAAGAGGUACAAACAGUACAUGAGUGAUGUAGUACGUGCAAAUCCUGCUGCUGCUAUGAGAGGAGGGGAACCGGGUACAUUCCCUCUAGUUCGUGGUUUUGUUGGCCUCCGCUUGCAGGGUCAAAGUGCCCAAGGCUUAACUGAUGGAGUCAUAGAUGACAGACCAUUGUGGCCAAUGGUGUAUUAUUGUUUGCGAAGUGGAGAUACAAGUGCAGCCUUGCACUGCCUACGAAAAGCAGGGUAUGAUCGAAUUUACAUUUUAAUUUUAGAAAGAUAUAAUUGA